UGCCCAGCUCCCCCUACCUGCAAGAAAGGCGCUAGAGAUGAGGCUCAGAGUCUGGGACUGGCUAUCCACGCCCCACCCAAUCCCCCCAAUCCCUUCCUCUUGGAGAGAUGCUUUCAGUCCUCGGGGUGGAGGGUCCCGGGGUCUCCAACUGCGCAGUGCGGCGACCCGCGGACAAAGGGGAAGCGGGUUGGGAGCCGCUCCCUCCGCUCCGAGGCCGGCUCAGGCCCCUGCGCUGCUGUUAGGGCUCAGCCAGCCUCGCUGUCCGCCCGGAGACCGCCACUCCGGUCACGCACGUGCCCACACAUGUCCGGUGAGGCCCCACGUGUGCGCCCCCCAAGGCCUCUUCUCCUUGGGCUCCGGCCCCCAGCCCCCACCCCCGGGACACGUGUGCGUGGGGAGCGCGCCCGGCACCGCCGGGGCCGAGCACGGCUCCCUCCCACACCCGGGCGGCGGCGGGUCGGAGCAUCUGCCGGUUCAGGCCCGCCGAAGCCACCGUCUCCGGGCAGCUGUCACCUCCCCCGGCCGCCGUGGCACCCCUCGGCCCCGCAGCCCGGCCGUCGGGUGGGCGCAGCGUAAGGGAGUCGCCAGGCGGGCACUCACCGCGCUCUGCCGCCGCCGCCGCGCUCGCCUCCCCGCCGUGCCCGCCUCCCCGCCGUGCCGCGCGCCCAGCCAGCACCUAGGCGGGGAGACGCGUCGCUCGGCGCCGAGCGCGCUCCGCCCCCGGCCCAGGCCGGGCUCCGGCUCCCCCUCCCGGCCGCCGCGGCUACUGCGCCGGCCAGGCCACCGCCCCGCGCCCACCCGCACGGGGCACUGGGCGCACCGGGCGCCGGGACGGCCGGGCGGGUAGGGCGGCAGGUGGGGGGCUCGGCGCGCGGAGGGUCGGGCCUGCGUCCCCAGGGCUCUUCUUUGGUCUCCGGACCUCAGGCCCCUGUAGAGACCGGGGCCGAAGGGGGCGGGCGGGUGGCAGGGAGCCGGUGGAUGCGGGUCUCCAGGGCAGACCGUAGGUGCUUAGUGGAAACUGCUCGCGCUAAGCGCUGGUGA